AUGGAGACAAUAUCUCAAAAUUAUGUGUAUAAUUUAAACAUAAAAAUGUAAACUGACAAGAAUUUCUUCAAAAAAAUGAUUCUUUAAAAGUAUUAACAUGGUAUAUCAGAUGAGGGUAUGAGAGAGUUGGUUAAUCUCAAAUAAAAAUUAAAGAAUAUUAAGCGUAGAAAAAGAUGGUUUAUAAGAAAUUGA